AUGUCUUCAUCAAGGGGCCACUACGCCAACCCACCAUUGGACGAUGACGAUGAUUUGAUCGACCCCGAUGAUGCUAGCCUUGGCGAAUUCGAUGAUCCCCUGGCACCACAAUCUGCGAGCCAACCGCUGACAGGUAACAUUGGAUCUGGCUCCUCCUCAUCGCGACCUGCGAAUGAAGGUUGGACCUCGAGUAUUCCUGGCGAAGAUCGCAGGGCGCCCCAGAACACGAUUGACGAGACGGUAUGGGAGACUCUCAAGCGAGACUUGCUCGCGAUAUGGGCCAAGUUGCGGGAGGUGCUCUACCCCAAGUACCUCCUUGGUGGUACUAUGUUCGAUUCCGAGGGUGGUAUUCGGGGUGCCUACUCCAACAUCAGAGGAGCUGGCAUCACUGGUACGAGAGAGGAGCUCACUGGACUGGCCAGCAGGGUUAUCGACUCGGACAAUUUGCUACAGAGCAAUUUGACGCCAGGUUUACGGGAUUGGGACCUUUGGGGUCCUCUCAUCUUCUGUCUCCUUCUGAGUCUGCUUCUCAGCUUUAAUGCUCGCCCCGAGCAGCGAGAUGCGGUCUUUAGCGGUGUGUUUGCUAUGGUCUGGCUGGGCGAGGCGAUCGUAACCCUUCAGAUUCGGUUGCUGGGCGGUAGCAUUUCUUUUGCCCAGAGCGUCUGUAUUAUCGGGUACACCCUGUUCCCUCUUGUCCUUGCCGCGCUCAUGUCGGCUCUCCACCUCUACUGGAUUGCACGAAUACCGGUCUACAUUGUUUUGGUUCUCUGGUCUUUGGCCGCUGGCGUUAGCAUCCUCGGCGGUAGUGGUGUAGUGAAGAAUCGUGUUAUGCUGGCUGUUUUCCCUCUGUUUAUCUUUUACAUGGGACUCGGCUGCCUUUGCUUCAUCAGCUAG